AUGGUAAAGGGAGAAGUCAUCACCCUUCAGCUGGGUUCGUUCUCAAACUUCGUGGCUUCUCACUUGUGGAACCUACAGUCUCAGUGUUUCUACUACUCGAAGGAUGCUCCAUUCGGGCAUGAGUUCGACCACGAUGUCUACUACAGAGAGGGUCGGAGUUUCUUGAACAAAACAACUUUCACACCCAGAACGGUUUUAAUAGAUCUGAAGGGCAGCGUACGGAACUGCUCUUGGCCCGUGGAUCAAGCUUACGAUGGACCUAACGAUGACGAGCAAAAAGUUUGGGACGGCCAAGUUCAAAUCCACAAGGCGGAACCGCAAGCGGCUUCAUCGAAAAGUGAAGAGCUGGGCGAAGUCGAUGUCAGACCGAAGAAAGCGCCCUUGCAGAAAAACUCCUGGGCGGGCUAUCUCCAGAACAAGUAUCACCCGAAAAGCGUCACAAUAAACAAUGAUUUCGACUCGGACAACCCGCAACAGCCCUUCGGCGUAUUCAAUCAAGGGGAAACAUUGUGGCGACUGGAAAGUGAAAAUUUUGAAGAUCGGGUUCGAUGGUUUGCCGAGGAUUGCGACCACUUGUCAGCUUUCAACAUCAUGAUGGACACGUCGAAUGGUUUCAGCGGUUUUGCGAGCAGCUGCCUGGAUUACCUGGAUGACCAGUUUCGUGCUAAAUCUCGAGUCGUUUGGAGCCUCUCCGACGUUCCAGCGAACGACUCGGCGGCUAAUUACCGCGCUCUGAACACCGUUUUGGCCUACCAGAAAAUGCAGGAGCUUGCCGACGUCGUCCUUCCGUUAUCUGUGAGCGCGGACGGACUUCGACGGCACCUCCGCUCGAGCUCUCUCGUGGCUUUGGAUCCGAGCCCAUUCACCGGGGGUGCGGCAUUGGCGAUGCACGUGGAUUCGAUUCUUUCCUCACUGAAAUUGAAGAGCGAAGGCGGCUGCGAUUUUGUGAAUUUUCUGAGACUCAUGACGAUACCGGACCGAAAGUUCGUCGUUUCGUCGAUGGCCGCAUCUCCAUUAUCUAAAGAUGGCCGAUUAGAAGAUCUCUCUCCGAAAUGCGAUUCUUCUAAAAUGGCCACCUCCGCAUACGCCGUUUCGCGGGGUACAGAGACGUCACACGCGAUCAUUGUUCGCAUUUCAAAUACUUCAGCGGCGUCAACAUUCCACACAAUGGUCAGGCAUCCGACGAAAUUCUGUCAAGAUUAUUUCCCCGAAAUCAGCUCGCAGUCGAUGCGAAGUGUGAAAGGUUCCCAGCUCGUAGAUGGUUUGUUCGUGGUCAAGAACAGCGCUGACGUCGUAGCACACUUCGAUGAUCUUCGGAGACGUCGAGUCAACUUGGGGAAAAUGCACCGAAUUUCGCUCCCGGAAGGAGACGUCACCGAAGCGAUACAGAACGUUGCGUCGCUUAGAGAAAAUUACCUCAAGUAGAAACAGCGGACCUCGGAGCGUUUCGUCCACAUGGUCUCGAUAUGAAUAAAGCGGAGCCUAUCGCU